AUGUCUGCACUUAAUGAUGAAGCUGACGUGUUCACAGAAGAAGAAGAAGAAGAAGCAGAACAAUGGCGGAUCACAGGUGGCAGGGCGGCGGUGCAACGGUGGCAGCGGCAGCGAAGAGCGGCGGCGUCCAUGAAGACCGGUGGCGGUGGCGAGAACCCUUCCCCUUCCCUCUCUUCUUCCCGAAACCCCCUCCCCCUCUUCUCCCUUCGCGUUCCCUUCCCCCCUUUCUCCGAGGAGCAGAGCAGCGGUGGCAACGAAGAGGGGCGGCGACAGCUAAGAGCGGCGGCGGUAAUGAAGACCGGUGGCGGCGGCGAGGAGAGAAGAAGAAGAAGAAGAAGAAGAAGAAGGUGGUGGUGGUGCGAGUUAACAAUGUCAAAUGAUGAGAUUAAGCAGUUGUGCUUAAUGGAUAUAGACAAGAUCUUACAUUCCUCUGGUAAAACCUUAAAAGACUAUCUUCCUAUGCCUUUAGCAACUGAAGUAGAAUUUUCCUGGUUAACCGAAAGGCUGUGUAUUGUGAUGAAUGGGAGAUUUUUCUUUGUGUAUGGUCAUGGGGGUGCUGGAAAAACAUUUCUCUGGAACCUUAUGUCUGUUGAGAUUCGCUCAAGGGGUGAUAUAGUGUUAAACGUUGCUUCGAGUGGUAUUGCAUCUUUACUUCUUCCCAAUGGAAGAACGGCACACUCAAGGUUCAAAAUACCGCUGAAUAUAACUGAGGAUUCUGUAUGUAACAUCAAACCUAGUUCCCCUCAAGCAAUAUUGCUGUUGAUAGCCAAACUUAUAAUUUGGGAUGGGGCUCCAAUGAUUAGUAGGUACUGCUAUGAAGCACUUGAUAAAUGCUUGGGUGAUAUCAUGAGGUGUUCUCCAACAUAUAGCAAAGAUUUGCCCUUUGGAGGAAAAGUGGUUAUACUAGGUGGAGACUUUAGACAAAUUCUUCCUGUCAUUCUACGAAGAUCGAGACAACAUAUCGUUCAUUCAACCAUGAAUUCGUCUUGUCUUUGGAAGUUUUGUCAAGUGCUCAAACUAACAAAAAAUAUGAGAUUCUCUAUAGAGACGACUGCUUCAGAUCAAGAUGAGACAGAGCAAUUUGGUGAGUGGGUAUUGAAAGUUGGUGAUGGUCUAAUAGGUGACAAUAUGGAUGGGAAUAUGGAGAGUCAACUAGAUCUCUAUAGUCCUGAAUUACUGAAUAGCAUAAAUUGUUCUGGUUUGCCUCCACAUAAAUUAAUACUUAAGGUUGGUGUUCCGGCGAUGUUACUGAGGAAUAUUGACCAAUCCAGUGGUCUUUGUAAUGGUAUAAGGCUACAAGUUAGAAAGCUUGGAAAUCAUGUCAUAGAAUGUGAAGUCUUAACGGGUAACAAUGUUGGUCAUAUUGCUUUGAUUCCAAGAAUGAAUAUUGUACCAACAAAUGAAACCGUCCCAGUUAGAUUCCAACAAAGACAAUUUUCCAUAAUAGUAUCGUUUGCCAUGACAAUUAAUAAGUCUCAGGGACAAACUUUAUCUCAUGUUGGAUUGUACUUGCCCAAACCAAUUUUUACACAUGGCCAACUAUAUGUGGCACUUUCAAGAGUUAAGAGUAAGAGAUGUUUAAAAGUUUUAUUUAUAAAUCACGUAGGAAUGUCUGCAAAUUCAACCAUCAAUGUUAUUUAUAGAGAAGUCUUUGAAAAAAUAGUAUUCUAA